AUUUGCUCAAAGGAGCAUGCGCAGUUGAACGCUUGCCUUCCGUAUUGAAGCGGAGGGGGAGAGUUGCUAGUCAGAAGCGCUCUUAGAUUUUUAUACCUGGAAGGAGGUGAUUCCUGAUGGCCGACGAGGAAGAAGAUCCACCUUUUGAAGAAGAUACUGAAGACGCUGGAGGAGGGCCAGAUGGUGGACAGGGAAAAAGGAAACGGUUGUUCUCCAAAGAAUUGAGAUGUAUGAUGUAUGGAUUUGGAGAUGAUCAGAAUCCUUACACAGAAUCUGUGGAUAUUCUUGAAGAUCUAGUCAUAGAAUUCAUCACAGAAAUGACCCACAAAGCAAUGUCGAUUGGCCGACAAGGUCGAGUACAGGUUGAAGAUAUAGUCUUCUUGAUUCGUAAAGACCCGCGAAAAUUUGCUCGUGUGAAGGACUUGUUAACAAUGAAUGAAGAACUAAAACGGGCUCGAAAAGCAUUUGAUGAAGCAAACUAUGGCUCUUGAGGCCUUUUUUUGAGCUCAUCUCAUUUUUUGAUUCACCCUUUGAUUCAUCUCAUUUGUUGAGUCUUCCUUUCUAUAAAAGGAGGCUCUGUGAAAAAUAAUUCAGAACACUGCUGCGCAUGGAAAUAAUUGUGGACUGUUUUAAGAGAUUCCUUGUAUUGUGCUGCUUCUCUUUAAAACAAAAUGCUAAAGUAUUCAUUCUUGGAUAUUAUUCCCUAUUAUAUCUUGUAUUUUUUAGACUGCAACCAUUUGAGGGUCAUAAUUCUUACUUCUUAUUUACAUUCUUAUUCUUACAUUCUUAUUUAGUUCACAAUUUUAACUAAAAAUUUCUAAGGCCAUAUAGCUAUUAUCUUUUACCUCUGUCCCAUCAAACCCUUAGUUUUAAAAAAACAUGCUCAUAAAUCUCAAUACUUUUAAAUCAGGGGUGUCAAACUGGCGGCCAGAUGCAUCACGUGCAGGCCACGUCCACCCCGGCUCCGCAAAGGCAAAAAAACAUUGUGAUACGCCACGUGACCCGAUCGAGUUUGACACCUGUGCUUUAAAUUGAUCUUUCUUUUCUCCAUGCUUCAUUCACAGAAGAGUACAAACAUUAGCAAGCAUGAACAGUUUAAUUUGAUUGAGCUAAUCUAUCAGGAAAAAAUGGAACAAAUGGAACUAAAUCACUAGCUCAGAAAUAAUUAUUUACUCCACCAAAAGCAUUAAACCAUAAUUUUGAAACAAUGAGGUCUCUUCUACAAUGGUAAUCUGCAGAAAUACUUUGGGUGCUGUGUGUUUAUCACUUUGCAUUAAAAUGAAACUAUAUAUAUUUAUGCAUUAUGUCAGUGAUAGUUGCUGGACCAUCAAGGCCGAGUCAUCUAUAUGCAUAGCAACUUAACAUAAGAAAAUGCAAGAAAUUGGACUUCUGGUGAACACGUAUGGCAGAUUAAACACCUCUGAAAGAGUGGAGAGUGCAGCAACAAUGGUGGCCAGACAGUAAAUUCAAGCAGUCUUUCCAGAAAAAGUUGUUUGUGUGCACCCAGUUGCAUUCUGGACAGCUGCUCCUUGUGAAUAGAUUUCAGGAACUGAGAUUUUUGUGAUAAGCUUGGGAGUUGAACAGCUGUUAGCUACGUCCACAGCUGUAAUGCAGUUCAUAUGGACAAAAGGUUUGCACAAGCUUAAUUUUUAAAUGCUUUUGAAUAUAAUUUACAGCUAGAGCGAUUUUGUGAGUGAUAGGAAGAAAAUUCCACUUGUUGCGUCAACAAUUUUUCUGGAUUAAAAUGAAAAGAAUAAAAGAUUUUAAACUUGGCAAAAA